GGGGGCUUUAGGUUUGUCUAUAUAUACCCUAUGACCGCCUUCUCACGCCUCUCCACCGAAAGAAAGAUCUCCAAGCCGAGAUAAACGAGCUUUUGUUUUCCGCAGCACAGUCGUAGUGUGGUUGCCGGAAUUCUCUCCGUUCCGAUCGAAUGGCAGACACCUACUGCACGGACUGCAAGCGGAACACCGAGGUUGUCUUCGACCACUCCGCCGGCGAUACCGUCUGCUCGGAGUGCGGGCUGGUGCUGGAAUCGCGCGCCAUCGACGAGACCUCCGAGUGGCGUACCUUCGCCGACGACUCCGGUGACCACGACCCCAACCGUGUCGGUGGACCCGUCAAUCCCUUGCUCGGCGAUGUCGGCUUGUCCACCGUCAUCUCCAAGGCUCCCAAUGGCAACGGCGACUCGUCGCUCUCCCGGUUGCAGAAUCGCGGCGGUGAUCCAGAUCGUGCCCUUGUUCUGGCUUUCAAAGCGAUUGCUAUCAUGGCUGAUAGGUCCGUCUGUCUGUCCGCCUGUCUUUAAAGACGGCAGAUAUUAGCAGAUUCUUUUAGUUUGGUGGUUGACUAGGAAUGACUUCAAGAAUGAAUUUUGGAAGCAAAAAUUAACCAUGAAAAUCAAUGCAUUAUCCAGCUAAUUGAAUUGGUAAUCGUUUUGAAAAUUAGGUAUGAUGAUUAUCGUGAAGUCUGCAAGUCGAGAGUUACAACUAUUUGAGUGUAGAUGAUAACUAAUUUGAGGAUUCCAAAUAACAACACACAAGGCUUAAUCUCAAAGUAAUAUAGCAAGGAAUCCACAUUUUCAUAUGGGCUUCAAUUUAAGUCUUAAUCACACAUGCUGAUUUGAUCGCUGAUGUUUAAGCCAUUGAUUCAUGAGUAAAACUGGUGGCAAAAGUUUUUCUAUUUUAAAGUAAAAAAUUGAUCUUUUUUGGUAUGGUGUUCUAAUUUAUGUAAUUUAUGUUUCCAGGUUGAGCCUUGUCUCUACUAUAAAGGACCGAGCAAGCGAAUAUUAUAAAAGGCUAGAAGACCUAAAGUGCACAAGGGGAAGAAACCUUGAUGCCUUGGUGGGUGGCUGCAUCUAUAUUGCGUGUCGACAAGAAGGAAAACCCCGCACAGUAAAAGAAAUUUGCUCAAUUGCCAAUGGAGCAACAAAGAAGGAAAUUGGCCGUGCAAAAGAAUUUAUUGUUAAACAAUUGAAGGUUGAAUUGGGAGAGUCAAUGGAGAUGGGAACGAUACAUGCAGAGGACUACCUGAGGCGUUUUUGCUCCAACCUUGGUAUGAACCAUGAAGAAAUUAAAGCUGUUCAAGAAACUGUCCUUAUGUCAAAGGAGUUCGAUAUUAGGAGGAGUCCUAUAUCUAUUGCUGCUGCAAUUAUUUACAUGCUCACCCAGCUUUCUGAUGCAAAGAAACCCUUGAAAGAUAUAGCUCUUGCAACUACUGUUGCGGAGGGGACAAUCAAGAAUGCGUAUCGGGAUCUCUUUCCCCACGCUUCAAAGAUUUUACCGGAAUGGUAUAUUAAAGACAAGGACACCAAGAACCUUAGCAGCCCGAAGGCAUGAAAAGCUUGGAGUUGUGGGGAGUUUAUCGGCAGAUAUUAAUAUAUACAAGACAAUGAUAUACCUAGGUAGAGGGGUUAGAGAAAGAUUCAGAGAGUGGUGUAAUUAUCUCGAAUUUACCUCAAGUGACUAAAGUGACUGUGAGAUGAUUUAUGAAUAAAAUUUGAUAAACUUUUACCAUUACCUGAAUCAUUCUUGAUCCCGCUCGUGCCCUAUAUCAUUUGUAUCUUUAGUGUGAUGUCUGCAGACCUUUAAUCUCUUGAGAAUUAAUUCAAGGAGCUUUUCUAGGCAAGUCAAUUGCAAUAUUAGUAUAGGCUUUGGAUAUAUGAAAAUAAUGAAAUCACCCCCCCUCCCCCCCAUCCGAACAACGAUUUGAUCCAAUCAUUCUUGAAAUGAAAUGCGUGCGGGAUUUGGAAUUUGGAUCAUAUCAAUUUUCAAUGACGUUUGGAGAUGACCUCACUCCAGGGGAGGCUCUGGCAGCACGCUUGUGAGGAGAUGGUAUGGCAUAGAGUGAUUUGAUUCAUUACUUUCAGUGUAGCGCUAUAGUUAUUGUGUGGCGUAUGAUGAAAGCUGUGCUCAUAGAAAACCUUUUAUUUGGAAGAUUUCUGAUUCAUUUUUUCCAUGAGUGAAAACGUUAUGAUUCAUAGUGGUUUUACCCUUCAAUUCAGUGACUCGCAUCGUGCAGCUGGUCGAAAAAAAUGCUAUGAUUCAUUGUUGCAGACUGAUUCUCCAGUGACCAGAAAUUAAUCAAGUGUUUGUGUGUUUCAUUUCUGGUUGUUAGUCUAAUUUAGAGAGCCUUCUUUUUCUUUGUCAAUGGCUGGUAAAGUAUGCGAUUAUAUUGCCUAAAUGCCUAUUGCUUUCGAUACAAAAUGUUUACCUUUGCUAUUAGUCUUCAGCCACGUGGGAUUGGUGAACUGGAAUGCCCCCAUUAAAUAUUACGGUAUAGCUACUACUUAUACUGAUGUUAUGUAAACUACUACUAUGAACUUAUGAAGUAUAAACAAAAAAGUAAAUGGGAUAAUUUUG